CUGCUGGGGCGUCCUCUGGACUCUGGAACGGCCAGGCUCCUGUGUUUACGAUAUCUGCACAGUCUGCUGUUGGCUGUGCUCUCUGUGGAGCUUUGUUUCUGGCUCUUCUCAGACAAAGGUCUUGUUCUCUGCUGUACAUCUCAUCUCCAGGGUUCAGUUUCAGCUUCCACGGCAGAAUCGCUAAUAUUCUCCAGCGAGCAGGCUCCCAAGGGCAGAGAUGAGGAACCCAGGAGUCGACCAGCUCGGCUCCGUGUCGCAGGGCUUCCGCGUGAUGUUUUACAUGCUACAGCCCAACGAGACGUCAUUUCAGAGCCUAGAAGAGGUGCCCGAUUACGUAAAGCAGGCGACUCCGUUUUUCAUUUCCUUGAUACUGCUGGAGCUGGUUGUCAGCUGGAUUCGUCGAGGGAAGCCCCCAGGCCGCCUAGAUGAUGCUUUGACAUCCAUGUCAGCAGGUGUUCUGUCACGACUUCCGGGAUUGUUUUUUAGGAGUAUCGAAGUGACCAGUUAUGUUUAUGUCUGGGAGAACUACAGGCUCUGCAGUUUGCCUUGGGAUUCUCCAUGGACUUGGUAUUUGACCUUCGUAGGAGUUGACUUUGGCUACUACUGGUUCCAUCGCAUGGCCCACGAGGUGAAUAUCAUGUGGGCUGGACACCAAGCGCAUCACAGUUCCGAAGACUACAACCUAUCCACUGCACUGAGACAAUCCGUCUUACAGAUAUACACUUCUUGGAUUUUCUACUGUCCCCUGGCUCUCUUCAUCCCACCUUCAGUCUACGCGGUCCAUCUGCAAUUCAAUCUCCUCUACCAGUUUUGGAUCCACACAGAAGUCAUUGAUAACCUAGGCCCCUUGGAACUUAUUCUUAAUACUCCCAGCCACCAUAGAGUUCACCAUGGUAGGAAUCGUUAUUGUAUAGACAAAAAUUUUGCGGGCACUCUUAUUAUUUGGGACAGAAUGUUUGGGACAUUUGAAGCAGAGAAUGAAAAAGUUGCUUAUGGCCUAACACAUCCUAUCAAUACAUUUGAACCAUUCAAAGUCCAGUUCCACCACUUGUUGUACAUGUGGACAACCUUCUGGAACACACCUGGAUUCUUCAAUAAAUUCUCCGUCAUAUUUAAAGGGCCAGGAUGGAGUCCGGGUAAACCAAGACUUGGGUUGAAUGAAGAAAUCCCACAGGUUACAGGCAAAGAAGUUCCCUUCCGCUCAUCUGCAUCGCAGUUAUUAAAGCUGUACACAGUGCUGCAGUUUGCUUUGAUGUUAGCCUUUUAUGAAGAUACCUUCGCAGAUACCAUGGUGCUGUCACAGCUGACACUCCUUCUGAGGGUCGGAUUCAUCAUGCUCACCUUGACUUCCAUUGGCUUUCUUCUGGAUCAAAGACCCAAGGCUGCAAGUGUGGAGAUGCUCCGUUGCCUGGUGUUCCUCAUGCUGUACAGACUUGGUCACCUGAAGCUGAUGGUCCCUUCUUUGUCAUUCACUCUGGAGAUUUUCUUCUCUGUCUGCGUUGCUUUCUGGGGUGGAAGAAGCAUAAAGCAACUUGUCUCUGGCCCUUGGAAAUGAUCUGAGCGUGAGCCACGUGUCUCGUCUGAGUGUGUCUUUCCUGACAAUUUAGGUUCCUGCAUGUAGAAAAAUGAUUGCCUGGUACGAUGCCAAUACGAACUGCUUGUUUAUUGUGUCUUGCUUUACAAUGAUUGCUUUUCAUUAAAAU